AUGAACGAUUUUGGGUUAAAUUCAACGGGUCAUAUAUUAGAUCAACUUCCUUCAUCUUCAAAUCAACAACAUCUUGUCAGCGAGGAUUAUUACGAUUUGGAUAGUAUUUUAGCAAUGAAAGCAAAUGUUCAUUGUGUAUUUGAAUCAGGAACUCCUCUUGAAAUCUUCCCAUUAAUUGGACAAAAGUUGCCCGAAGAAGGCAAAACACAUCAAACUGUUGUUCCUGUUUGGUUACUUUCUGCAGGAAUUGGAGAUAUUUGUCGGUUUAACUUGCCAAAUGCUUUCAACAAAAUUAAUUCUGAUGUUAUUGCUGCUGGUUCAAAAAAAUUGGAAGCUACUUGUAUCGUAGCAAGGCAGCGUUAUUUUUAUUUGUUGGGCAUCUUUUUGUGCAGGUAUUUGAACACCUCGGAAGCAAAAAGGAUUUCAACUACCUUAUUGGAGGGAUUUACUUCCAGAAUUGGACAAAUAAUUUCACUUGCUGUUGACACUAGGUUUAAUCUAAAUUUUUUAACAUCUUGA